UUGAAGGCGGAAGUGGAACACAGCCAGACAAGAUGGCGGAGUAUAGCCAGGCAGGGCUUGUCGCGGCUCUGCUCCUCUUCACGGCUCUCACCCUCCACGACGUUUACGUCGGCAGGUCGAGUCCGCCACACAGCAGCGGUCCCGGCCCGUCAGUGGACGUGAAUCGGGGGAUGGAGCCCGGCAAAGCUGCCAAAUCGACAAUGUAUAGCGGGCCUGUACUCAGAUUCCAGUACUGUAUCUCCUGAGGCUACAGUAAAGCAUUCCAGGAGUACUCUCGGGCUAUCAGCCAAUUGUACCCGGACAUGCGCAUUGAAGGCGAAAACUUCCCCCCCACCCGUCUCAACAGGAUUCUUGGCAACUUGAUCUCCUAUGUGAAGCUUCUCUCCAUCUUGUUGAUCGUCAGCGGCCAGAACGUGUUCGUCAUGCUCGGCGUCAACACGCCCAGAGCCUGGACCUGGAGUCAGGAGAACAAGAUUUUCUCCUGUCUGAUGGCCUUCUUCCUUUGCAACAUGAUGGAGACCCACUUCCUGUCCACCGGAGCCUUUGAAGUUACUCUCAAUGACGUUCCCAUCUGGUCGAAGCUUCAGUCGGGUUACGUGCCAAACAUCCAGGAGAUCUUCCAGAUUCUAGACAACCACUUGAAGAUGAACCAGGUGGAUCCCGCAAGCUUCUCCACGGUUUAGAGGAUAGAUGAGGGUCAACCAAGCAGAUGCAGGUGUCCUGGUUGAGUAGGACGAUCAGCCGCUGGCGUCCAUGAAGGCUCGGUCUUAAAGCAGACUCUGCGGGGCCGUGCCGGAAGUUUCCCGCCGGCGACGGAGCGCCUCUCACCGCCAGGACACGCAGCUCAGCACCUGAUUGGCCGAGGUCGUCUUUCUUGGUCAUUUCUUUACCGAGUUCGAACGUCGAGAGAAAAUGACGCUGCUAAUGUUAGCGUCGUGCUAGCUUGCCUCAGUUUAGACGGGAAGUACAAAAAUAAAAUAUCAAUUAUGUUUAAAAACGACUGAUGAUCAAAGCAAACAAAACCGCUGAAAUCUUUAUGUUUUUGAGGGCGGGGCCUAAAACAACAUCAUUAAGGCUUGUCUCCUCUCCUUUGUUAGCCUCGACAAAAACACUGUUAGUUCCCGCUGGCUUUCUUUAAUUGUCUACUUCAAAACUGAGGAAGAAUUUUGGAAAUAAAGGAUGACUGACUUGA